AGCACUAAACCAAUAAAUUUAAUUUAAACCCUCAGCCUCCACAUUUUGUCCUAUAAAUAGCAAGGCUCUCACGACUCGCUCAGUCUCGCUUCUCCUAGACGCUACUCACCCGUUCCGCCGCUCUUCCUUCGCGCUUCUGCAGUUCUGCUCUCUCCGCCCUCCGGCAGUCUCCUCCCUUCCCUUAUUUCCCACGGUGUCCAUGUAUUCUGAGUCACGCACUUUUCUGGGGAAAAAUUGGUUCAUGAAUCGUGGGAGGCUGUGGCGGUCUUGGAAGUUCUUCUUCAGGCAUUGGACUUGACAUCUGGAUCUCUCAGUAGUUUGUAGUUAGAGGGAAGGUGGGAGAUAGAGGGUAGUUAUAUGUGCAGAAGAUUUAGCUAUUUAGAGAAGAACAGAAAAAAACUAGUAGUAGUAGUAGUAGAUAAGGAAAACAAACAGCUGUAGAGGAUCUUGGUACAUUGUCCGCAACCCUUUUGUGCCUGUCAUGGUGGGAAACACAAGGCUACCCCCAGGUUUUCGUUUUCACCCGACUGAUGUCGAGCUGGUUAGGUUUUAUCUGAAGAGGAAAGUGAUGGGAAAGAAGCUCCCUUUUCAUUGCAUUGAGGAGCUCGACCUCUACAAGUUCCCUCCUUGGGAUCUCCCACAGAAGUCGGUGUUGAGAACUGGAGAUCUGAAGUGGUACUUCUUUUGCCCUAGAGAGAAGAAGUAUGCAAGUGGCACAAGGAUGAAUCGUGCUACUGAAUUUGGGUACUGGAAGACCACAGGGAAAGAUAGAACAGUUUCUUAUGACAAUGAGGUGUCUGGAAUGAUCAAGACUCUGGUUUUCCACCGGGGUAAAGCACCAAAGGGGGAGCGGACUGAUUGGGUUAUGUAUGAGUAUAGACUGGAGGACAAGAAGUUGACUGAAAGUGGCAUUGCUCAGGACUCUUAUGUCCUUUCUGUGAUCUUUAAGAAGGAUGGGCCAGGACCUAAAAAUGGUGCUCAAUAUGGGGCACCAUUCAAGGAGGAAGAUUGGGAGUUGGAGGAUAAUGACGAAGAGGAAGUGAAUGAUAUAGGAGCUGCUUUAUGGGCUGGUGGGUCUACUACUCCCCCAUCUAAGGGACUGUCAGUUGAUCCUGUGAGUUCAGUGCCUGAAGGUAGUUGUGUCGUGUCGCCACUAUCAUGUCUAUCGACUGAGAAAGCAAAUGCAUAUGAGGCACCUGUUACUCCUGGUACUGUCAAUGCUACUACUGAAGGUGUGUCUCAAGCACUUGCUCCUGUUCACGAAGCUCAGCUUGUUGUUCCUGAAGAACCUCUGGAAUCUGCACUGAUCAGUUCCAUAGGGGUGCCUGAAGCUGGAAAUGGGGAGUAUGACGAUGAUGAUGUGCUGGCUAUGUUGGCUAACUUCUCUGAAGAAGCUCCGUACACACUGGAUGAUUUCCAAAAUACUGAGAUGAUUAAUAAUCCCAAUCAAGUCGGUGUGAUUAGUAAUCCCGAUCAAGCCGUUGCUCUGCCAUCCUGUCCAGCUCUGGAUGGCAAUGAAAUCUACAGAAAUCUGGGAGAUAUUGGAAACUUGGCCACAUACAGCGCACCUCAGGGCCUGAUCAAUGGCUAUGUUGUUGAACACAACAACGCAGAUUUCAUGGAGUUGGUGGAUCUGGACGCCCCGCUGAACAGCUUCCAACAACAGCAACACCACAAUCAAUACGGAGAUCCUCUGCGUUUGCAGCAGAACAACUACAACAUGUACAACAACAACAACAAUGACGGUGUUUGCGAUGAUUUGAUGGACUUCGUCAAUAGCUGCUGGAAGCAUUCCGACGGCGGCCCAUAAUGAGAGUUGGUAGUGAUUGUAAACGAGAGAGAUCACCCUUUGAGCUGAAGGGGAUGAUCGAUUGAUUGUUUUAUUUAUUCGCAUCUGGAUUUUCGUUUCUGCAAUUGAGGCCAUAUCAUAUACACUACUUCAUAUGGUUUUGACAGUUAACUUUGUUUGGAUUCUUAUUUAUUGAAGUCGCUUAUUUCUUUCAUCCUUUGUUUCUGUUAUUUCGCCACUCUGAUCAACUCCAUAAUUCCAAAUGUGGCGUGUUCUUGUUA